AUGGUGUACUGUCGCCAGGGCCCAAAAAUGGAGAAGUUGAUGAUACAGCCAAUCGACCUCAUCCUCAGCUACUGUGAAAGAGAUCUGGCAUUCAGUGGCUAUAUCAUAGGCUUUGAUGAAUACAUGGAUGGUGCAGAAGGGAUUCAUUCUAAAACAAAGGCAAGAAAACAACUGGGUCAGAUCACGCUGAAAGGAGAUAACAUUACUUUUCUACAAAGUGUCUCCAACUAG